GUAAUUUGCCAAUCACGAGAUUGUAUUAACGAAAUUGAUUCUCGCGGUCGUACGGCCCUGCACUGGGCAGUUGGUCAAGGGAAGGCCGAGGUUGCUUAUCAUCUGCUUCGCUGUGGCGCAAAUCCGGAGAUUCAAGACCGAAACGGCAAAACACCGCUGAGUCUAGCGGCAGGGCUCGGUUUCUUAGAUGUCGCGACAACCCUCAUAUCAGCCGGAGCGGACAUUCGGCGGGGCGAUAUCUGGGGUAGUACGCCUUUGCACAACGCAGCUAUGCGAGACCAUCCUGAGAUCAUGUUGCUUCUAUUUAAGGCAGGCGCUGAGCUCGACGUCCGGAAUGGAGUUGGCGAGACCGCCUUGGUUUCUGCAAGCUUAGGCAAUGCCCCCUGCAGCGGUUCUUUGUGAUCUGGGUAUGAAUAUUGAAGAGAAGUGUUUGCAUUGGGGAAGGACCGCAGUUGAAAAGGCCGUCAAGGUGAAUGCGUACGAAACACUUCAUGUUCUUCUCGAGAAAGGAGCUAAGGUGAACGUCGACCAUGAUAGCGGGAUCAACAUACUGCAUCUUGCGGCAAAGGUUACCAAUUCAAGAAUUUGGGAGCUCUUGAUUAAUCAUAGAGUUGACAGUUCACAAGUCCAUGCGGUGGAUAAUGAUGGUUUCUCGCCGAUGGAUUACUUGCGGCUUCGGAAAGAUGUCAACGAGUUGCCCGGGAUAUUGAAGAAGCUAGAAAGACCUUUUGCGACAACGUUGGACGACCUUGGGGACGACGCAGAUGAUGAAGAGGAAAAGGGUGUGUUUCACGAUGCUGUGGAGAUUCUAUGAGCACCUUAGUAAGGGGCGCGGAUCGGAUUCCACUUGUGAGAGUUUGAGACGUUGGAUGGCGCUGUCUGGAGCGGCUUGAAGGACCAGCCGAGCUUUGAGGGUCU